UAUCUGUCUUCCUCUUCGAUUCACUCUGUUUUUUCCUUUCGGCUUCCUUCCUACCUUGAAAUCUUCUUUAUUCCUUUCUUCCAUAACCAUUAGUCACAUAUAUAUAUAUAUAUAUAAUAGAACAUUAUUUGUUUAUAAUAAACACUCACAUAUAACUUUAUUCGGGUAUGAAAAUAUAGUGUUUUUUAAUGAAGCUAUAAAAUAAAAUGAUGAAGAAGAGCUCGUCAAGAACAGGGGGCCGUAUAUUUACCGAUGAGUUCAGUAGCCGAGGACAAAGAUUCGGCAGGUUAAAGAACUCUGAAGAUUUUGACGAACGUGAUAACAUAAUAAACGACGGUACUCCACUGACCAGUCCUCCAAACGACUUUGGUGACUCUACCGCCGGUGCUCUAGACGACGAAGUUUCCGGAUCCAUGUCCCCAUACGCCAAGUCACCUUGGUCUACCCACGUGAGCCAUAACCCUUCUCCGGGAAAUGACACCUUCUCCAACGUCCUUAUGGGCUCGCUCGUCCGAGAAGAAGGCCACAUAUACUCAUUGGCCGCCGCCGGUGACUUGUUAUACACCGGCUCCGACAGCAAGAACAUCCGGGUAUGGAAGAACCAGAGGGAAUACGCCGGAUUCAAAUCGAACAGUGGGUUGGUUAAAGCCAUAGUUAUCUCCGGUGACAGAAUCUUUACCGGUCAUCAAGAUGGAAAGAUCCGGGUUUGGAAAGUCUCGAACAAGAGCUCGCCGAGUUAUAAGCGAGUCGGGACUCUGCCCACUUUGAAGAACUACAUAAAAUGUUCGAUGAAGCCGAGUAAUUACGUCGAGGUUAGAAGACACCGUAGCGUUCUAUGGAUCAAACACUUCUACGCAAUCUCGUGCCUUAGCUUGAGCGAAGAUGGUACACUGCUUUACUCAGCUUCGUGGGACAAAACCUUCAAAGUCUGGAAAGUCUCCGACUUCAAAUGCUUAGAAUCCGUUAAAGCUCACGACGACGCCGUUAACGCCUUGGUCACGGCUUUCGACGGGUUGGUAUUCACCGGCUCGGCUGACGGAACCGUUAAGGUCUGGCGCAGAGAGUAUCAAGGUAAAGGAACGAAACACUUCUUCUCUCAAACGUUGUUAAAGCAGGAGUGCGCCGUCACGGCGUUAACGGUGAACCAAGAAGCGACGUACAUUUACAGCGGGUCAUCUGACGGAGCCGUUAACUAUUGGGAGAGAGAUAAGUCCUUGUCACACGGCGGCGUUUUGAGGGGUCAUAAGUUGGCCGUGCUCUGCUUGGCCACGGCGGGAAGCUUGGUGUUUAGUGGCUCGGCGGAUAUGGGGAUUUGUGUAUGGAAAAGGGUUCAAGGUGGGGACCACGUUUGUUUGUCUGUUUUGACGGGUCAUAUGGGACCCGUCAAGUGUUUGGCUGUCGAGAAAGAGCGGGAAAAUAGUAAUACGGCGGCGGAGGAGGGCGGAGAGCGGCGGUGGAUUGUUUAUAGUGGUAGUUUGGAUAAGUCGGUGAAGAUGUGGAGAGCUUCGGAGCAAGCACCACCAAUGGGCCAAAAUCAGCAUUCGUCGGGUGAUGGGAAUGAUAAAACGCCGUCGUUUGGUAUGGCUCCUAGUUUUGCUACUCUUCCAAGGAACACAAGUUCGAGAAGAUAUUAAUUUAGAAUUAAUUUCUAUUUUAUAUUAUUAUGAUAAUUGAUGUGUGAAUAGGAAUUGGAUUCUUUUUUUUUUUGGUGUGUGAAGAUGUAAAGUGAAUGUUAGGCCUGUGUUGUUUGGACUUUGGAAUGUGUAGUAAUUCAACAAAGAUUUUAUUUAUUUA